GAACAGGUGGCGAAGUUAGUAAUGAGUAACGCCUUCUUUGAUUCACGAGUAAAUUGACAGGACCGUUUCACGUUUCAGCCUCUGUGCAUGUGGGAUAGUAUUUUCUCUGCCAACUCUCAGUAUGGCUGCCCGGGUAGUACUUCUUCUGACUGUCCUCAUCGGCGCUAUCUAUUUCAAUGCCGAACCUGCAAAAGCUAGUCCUCAUAAUAUAGUGGUCAAGCAAGCCAGCCUGGCAAGUCUUUAUGGCAGUGUUACAUUUAAUAUAACUGGGUAUGAUCGAUUCAAUAACCCACAAGGCACAGAAAAGUGCAACACAUACAAGUUUGACAACGGCACAUUAAACUCUACACUCGCUGGUACAAUUGCCGAUCCAAUUUGCGACAGUGGCUACUCACCGGUACCGGGCUUGUACGGAACCUGUGUGGUAUACUAUGGGAAACAUGGUCACGUCGCAGUACAUGGUUGGGCCUUGCCCAAGGGAACAAUCUGCUCAAAACUUCUCGGCACUGUUAAAUACAGAGAUGGAGACAAUGGUAACAAAACAUUCGUUCAAUGCAACAAAUACAACUUCACGGGUGGCCACUAUGUUGCUGCGGGGGCUAAUCAGUCAGUUCUUCCAGUGUGUGAAAACAAAUAUAUACGUGCUGACAGACAUAUUGCAACCUGUGUCCACAAUAGCCACAAAAACCCCGGCGCUGGUUGGUUUGUACCAGAAGGACUUCCGUGCAUCCCACUCAAAGGCAACACCACCACACCUCGCGAUGACACGCCUACACCACAAUGCCUUGAGUACAGUAUUCCGGGUGGCAAAUAUCUAACUUCAAAUUCAAAUGCCAAUAAGGCGCGGUACUCAACAUGUGAUACAGGGUAUACCAACCAUCCGGGAAUAUCGGCAGUGUGCACUACAUUAAAGGACGAUGAUUACGCCAAAUUCGGUUGGCUGCUCCCAGAUAUAUCAUCGUGCUUACGUAAGUCAGGACAACGUACCUGUGUUUUUUAUUAUUAUUCCCGACUGUGUAUGUUUUACUGCCUCAUAAUGCCGAUCCUUCUAUACAAUUGCGGAUUGUGGACUCUGUCCAAAUUGCUGAACGACAAACUGGACAAAUGGCAACGGAGGAAGCUACGCGUACUGCUGCAGAUUGUCUACCCGCAACGCAUCACCAAUAACAACUUAUACACAGAAACAAAACAAUCUCCAGUUAGUGCCACAUGCCGGCGACGCAUGCUGCUGUGGUUUGGCCAUGUGAGCACUAUAUAA